CAUAUAUAUCCUAAUGAAAUUAAGCCAAACUCCAUAAACCAAAGUUUCUAGAAUGGACGAGACCUUCUCAACUGAUAUACAUAAUAUGUGCUAUAGUCGAGUCAACAUCCUCACCAAUGAGGUAGAGAAGUUAACAGAUGUUUUGGGAACAGCCUCCUAAGAAAUGGAAGUUCUCAAAGAACAAAAUCGAGAUUUGUAAAAUCAAUUAACAGAGAUGGAGCACUCAAAUUAAAUUGUAUAUUUACAUAUCAUGAUUAGAUCAACUAAGAGUUUGAUAACAUUUGCGAAAGAUUGAAAUAAAAAAGCAUAGAGGCUGAAGAGUAUGCCUUCUAGGUCCAAAAAUUAACUCUACAAAAACAAGUACUUUAUUGUGGUAUAAGAAUAGGAAAUCACUCAAAAUUUGAACAAGGUGUUGAAUGAAUUGGAAUAAAUAAAUUAAGUGAUAGACAUCAAGGAUCAGGAGAUCCAAGCUGGAAAGUAGUAAUUUAUUGCAAAAACAGAGGAAUUAUAGCAAAGUUUGCAAUAGACUUAUCAUCUGGAUUAAGCUUUGAAAGUGGUCAAGGAAGAAAAAUUAAAAUAUAUUUAUGAAUAUUAAUAGUUGUAAAAAUUAGUAGAAGAAUAACAAUAAUAAAUAAAAGAAUUGAAUGAGUACAGAAUAGGUUAUGAGACAUUGAAAGUCGAUUUGAAUAUUCUGAGAGUCAAUUAUACGAAUUUACUUAACUAAAAAUUGGAAGAAAAGAAAGAGUUGGAAGCCCAAAUUGAUGUGUUGAGAGAUAUGCAUACAUACACUAUUGAAGAUGGAUAAAUAAAAUUUGCUGUAUAAUCAAUCUCCUUAUAUUGAUAGGAUUAAAUUAAAUAAGAAAUAGAAACAUUCAAAUAGCUCUACGAUGAGUAGUACAAAUUUGAAAGGAUGACAUACGAAUCCACAUUAGAUCAAUUGAAAAAUUAAGUGGCCACACUUUCAAUGCAAUUGCAAAACGCUGAAAUUUUGGUUAGCACUCAUAAGUAAAACUUGAUGAAUCAAGCUCAAUUGAGUAUGUUUGAGAAAAGCAAUUAAGUAAGUGAAUUAAAGGCUUAAAAUUAUGUCUUGUAAGAAUCCCUUAUCACAGCCAACAGGGAAUUGAAUGAAUUGAAAUCGCAGAUGGAGAAUGGCAACAUUAUUAGAUUUGAUGAGGAUGUGAGAAGAUAGAUUGAAUACAAAUUAGAUCUAUGCUAAUAAUUGCAAAAAGACAAAGAAGAACUCAAUAAAGAAAAUUAACAACUAAAAAGAGAGAAUAAAUUGUUAAAAGAAAACAACGAAUUGAUGUAAUAACAAUUGUCAUAACAGCAAUCAAAUAUCAGUUAAUUGCCAUAAUCUGUUCUACUGAGUUAGAUAUCACCAUCAGGUAUUAUAUAAUCUGUAUUUCUUUAAGGAAUUUCACCUGGACAAAAAAUCAACGACAGCGAAAAAAUCAAGUUUUUAUUGAAGGCUGUUGAUCAAUUGCAAAAUGCCAUUAAAGACAGGGAUCAAGAGAUUACAAAAUUAUCAUAGAUGGCUAGUACCAAUGUUGGGAUGUCUUCGUUGAUCAAUAAGCCAAAUUCAAGAAUGCGAUUUUACCAUCUCAAUUCAGAUGAUUUAAAUUCCUUUGAUAAAUAAUUAUGA